GCUAAUGGGAAUUAUAUGUAUACAUUUUGAGUUCUAUGUGCACCCCACCUUGCUUUGAUUUACCUAUUCAGCACCCCAUCAGACAAGAAAAGACGCUCCUGAUUCAUGGAAUUUACAUGGGCAUGAUCCUGAGAGGAGUUGUGCUCCUAUUGAAGUCUGGUGUCUUAUGCUUCAGUCUUCAAAGUUGAUGAAAGCAGAAUUGGACUCAUAGGUGGUAAGUUGACAGAUUCACUAAUACCAUGAAGGAUUUUCUUCUUAUUGAAGAGGAAGAGGAUGAAUCAAUAGAAGUCAAGUUUGAGGGGAAAAACGUCCCACUCUUGAAUAUUCAGUAAUUCAUCUACUUGCGUUGUCCACUAUAUAUAUAUGUUCAACUUUAAUUAGGACACAACUGUCUUGCAAUUAGAAAAAGGAAGAAAAGUCUAGAACCAUCUAUUAAUCAUUUCAGUGAUGGUUCUGAAGCAGAGACUAUCUUCUGAUGGUGACAGAGUGCAUUCUUUGAAUCCAUAAAGAGAUAACUAGGAAGAAGAGAAAUUGGAACUAUUGAUUGAUAUUGUUCAGCUGAUGGAGUUUCCUUACACCACUGAAGGCUAAUGGAUUUCCCAUCAUUAACAUCACUGGAAUGGAUAUGAAAGAAAUCAGCCAUGAUGGAAAAGUAUUAUGUGAAGGACUGUACUAAAGACUUCAUGAUUUGUUAAUGUGAAACACUUAGGCUGCUUGGCUAUUGGGUCAGUGUGAAGUGAGGGAUUUUUACUGUGAACUUGAAAAAUAAAUAUGUCCAAGAAAAGCCGUGCCAAAGGAGAGCGGUCCGACAUGGAGAUAGAAGCAGUUCAGGCUGCUAAUGAGGAACUACGGAUUAAACUGACCAACAUCCAGAUAGAAUUCCAGCAAGAAAAAAGCAAGGUGGGUAAACUGAGAGAGAGAAUCCAGGAAGUCAAGCAAGAAAGAGAGCAGGAGCAGCACAAGCAUACUGCCUACAUCUCUGAACUAAAGGCUAAACUCCAUGAGGAGAAAAUGAAGGAACUCCAGGCUGUCCGGGAGCUGCUUAUCCGGCAGCACGAGCAAGAAGUAGCUCGUAUGGUAAAAAUAAAAGAUGGAGAAAUUCAGCGUUUACAGUCGACGGUGAACGUGCUGCGGGACGGGGCAGCUGACAAAGUGAAAAAUGCAUUGCUAAAUGAAGCCAGAGAAGAAGCUCGAAAAGCAUUUGAUUGCGAACGUAUAAAGAUGCAGCAAGAGAUAUUAGAACUGAAAUCUGGUAAAAAGCAGCUUGAAGAAGCUUUGAACAACAUUAUGCAGGCAGAUAAAAUGAAGGCUGCUGACCUGCGCUCUGCUUAUCAGUCCCAUCAAGAUGAGGUUAAUCGAAUAAAGCGUGAGUGCGAGAGGGAUAUCCGCAGGCUGAUGGAUGAGAUAAAAGGCAAAGACAGAGUGAUUUUGGCUUUGGAAAAAGAUCUUGGUGUCCAGGCAGGCCAUGCACAAAAGCUGCUGCUUCAGAAAGAAGCUUUGGAUGAACAGCUUGUCCAAGUAAAGGAGGCAGAGCGGUACCACGGUAGCCCCAAGAAGGAACUUCCUGCUGGAGUAGGGGAUAUCUCUGAAAUGAUGGGAAGCCUGGAACAGCAUAUGGAUGAACGAGACAUACGAAGAUUUCAACUAAAAAUUGCUGAACUGAAUGCUGUAAUACGGAAGCUGGAAGACAGAAAUACCCUUUUAGCAGAUGAAAGAAAUGAACUGCUGAAACGUUCCCGGGAGACAGAAGGUCAGCUGAAACCCCUUGUAGAGAAGAACAAGAGGAUGACCAAAAAGAAUGAGGACUUGUUGCAGUGUAUCCAGAGGAUGGAAGAAAAAAUAAAAAAUCUCACAAGGGAGAAUGCAGAAAUGAAAGAAAAGAUAUCUACACAGCCAGCUUUGAAGAGGCACACUUCCCUGAAUGAUCUCAGCAGCACACGAGAGGAACAAGAAAUGGAAUUCCUGAGACUGCAAGUCAUAGAGCAGCAGCAUGUUAUUGAUGAUCUCACAGUGGAAAGAGAACGGUUGUUACGUCCUAAGAAACCAAAAAGGAAAAGUUUGAAACCUCCAAAGAGGCAUGUUGUGGAGACAUUUUUUGGAUUUGAUGAAGAAUCAGUUGACUCGGAAACCUCAUCUGUAACAUCCUAUAACACAGAUAAAACCGACAGAACACCUGCAACGCCAGAAGAAGACUUGGAUGAUAGUACACCGAAAGAAGAAGCUGAAUUAAGGUUCUGUCAGCUGACCAGAGAAUAUCAAGCUUUACAAAGAGCAUAUGCAUUACUUCAAGAGCAAGUUGGUGGGACACUGGAUGCAGAGAGAGAAGCAAGGACUCGUGAACAACUGCAAGCUGAUCUCCUCAGGUACCAGGCAAAAAUUGAAGAUCUGGAGAAAUCACUGAUUGAAAAGGGACAGGAUUCAAAAUGGAUAGAAGAAAAGCAGCUCCUUAUCAGAACAAACCAGGAAUUGUUAGAAAAGAUUUACAAAAUGGAGCUGGAAGAGCAUCAGCUGAAGAACGAGAUGCAGGACGCAAAAGACCAGAAUGAGCUGUUAGAAUUCAGAGUGCUCGAACUUGAAGAGAGAGAACGAAGGUCACCGGCAUUUAACCUCCAUAUAACCACCUUCCCUGAAAACAAUGGAAGUGCACUUCAACUGUUCUGUCAACAGGAAGGAAUAAAGGAUGUGAAUAUUUCUGAACUUAUGAAGAAGCUUGAUAUCCUUGGAGAUAAUGGGAAUUUGAGAAAUGAAGAACAGGUUGCAAUAAUCCAAGCUGGGACUGUACUUUCCCUCUGUGAAAAGUGGCUAAAACAAAUAGAGGGAACAGAAGCUGCGCUGACACAGAAGAUGUUGGACCUGGAGAACGAGAAGGACCUGUUCAGUAAACAGAAGGGUUAUUUAGAGGAAGAACUCGACUACAGGAAACAAGCUCUGGACCAGGCUUACAUGAAAAUCCAGGAGCUGGAAGCCACGCUGUAUAGUGCUCUGCAGCAGGACCCUGGAAGGCGGGCGAGUGAGUCAUUGAAUGAAGUGCAGAGGGAGGAUUUGCGAGCUGCGGUGGAGAAGGUGCGGAGGCAGAUCCUGAGGCAGAGCCGCGAGUUUGAUAGCCAGAUCUUGCAUGAGCGCAUGGAGUUGCUGCAGCAAGCACAGCAGCGGAUUCGAGAGCUAGAAGACAAAAUAGAACUUCAAAAGCGGCAACUCAAAGAAAUAGAGGAGAAGCAUUCAUUGUGUGGCCUUGAUGACACUCCUGAGCCAAGAACUGUGGAUAUUAAAAGAGCCUAUGGAGUGAACAACUGAAUCCACGUGCAAAAAACAGAAAAUAUUUAUUUGAGCAGCUUUAAAUUGGUGCAUUUUAUCAUGAAACAGUUUGCAUAAUAUUUCAAGCUGCAAGAUAUUUGAAUUAAAAUUAGGAAUUUUAUAAAGAUAUAGUUUCAAACUGGAAUAAUUUGAUAAGGAACAGCACACCAUGAACAUGAAGAAACUCUAUACAGAAUUUACAAGAAAAAAUAUCAAACACUAAGAAAAAAUAUCAAGUGCAAUUACUGGCUGCUUUGUGAACUACUAUCUACCAAAUGGUUUAUUAUAAAUACCAUGUGCUUUGUAUCUCCAUAUUGCAUGCUUUCAACAAAGGUAGUUUGCAUUUCACAGACAAAAUAAAGAAGCUCCUUUUUAAUAUACAUAUAUAAAAGUUAAAUGCUGACAAUAAAUGUCAGUAAAUAUCUGGGGGUGGGGGGACACUACAAAAUUGGAAAAGGAGAUUUAGAAACAUACCGUGGUAAAAUUCACAUUACAUUGUUAGCAUCUGAAACUACACAAAUAAGGGAAAAAGAGGAAAUUACUAUUUAGAGAAAACAACUGAAUAGAUAAAGUGGAGCGCUCAGAAGUUAGUGGUUGACUGAGACACAGAGAGGUAAAUAUGCAGGAAUAGAAGGAGCUAGAUUCACUGGAUUAAGUGAAAGGGGAGAAGUUGCAUCAGAUAAUCAAAUAUUUGAAUGUCACUUGAAAAUAUUAGCAAAUACCUAAAAGUAUUUCAUUGGAAGCAUCCAUGACUUUGAGAUGAAAAGAAGCUUAGGAGAGCACAAUAUAUGACUCUGCACAAAUAUAGCACAGUAAAAGAUAUCUUAAAGUGUAAAAGGAGAUUGAUUUAAGAUUUCAGCAUAGGAAUAGGCAAGUAGAGGAACAGAGUAGUAAAAGAAAUAUCUGAAUGAGAGUACAAAGAGAAACACAGUGGGCUUCUGGGUGAAAUAAAGGGCAAAGUAUAACCACAAAGAAAUAAACAUGACAUUAUCCCCAAUCAACAGAGUUAGAUAAAAACAAAUGCUGACACUGAUCAUUUGAACUAGCCAACAAAACAUAUGAUGAAAAAUAAUCGGAUAUGGGGACAGUUGUUAAAGGUGGACAGUGAUUAGAGCACCAACAGAGAUCCUAGUAUCAAAAGAAGGAAAAUAAAUCAUGGUGAAUUAUUUUAGAACUGGAAAAACAAUAUCAGGAAAUGGAGGUAGUUCUCACUGUUUCUAGCAAGAUGAAUAUAAUAAUGACAAAAACAGAUGGAAAGGUAUAUGAUGGGAGCUGGUUACUGGAUGUGAAAGAAUAGAAGCCUCUGAGUAGGAGGAGCCACCUAGAUAUUGGUUGGGCUAUAAAAUAAGACAGAGAACUUAAGACUUCAAAUAAAGAUAUCAGGAUUAGCUGCAGAAGAAAUUUUGAAACGCUAAGAGGCUAACUCACCGUUACACAAGAACAGUUGGUUUAUGUGGGGAGCUAAACAGAAGGAAGAUGAUUUGUUCUAAUGUCACAGAGCACAACUGAAUUUAUAUAGAAUCAAGCAAGUCAAAUGCAUGAUCAAAUAGGCUGGAAAAUUCUGAAUACCCGCUCCCCAAAAGAAUGCAUGAAUCACAUAGAAACUGGAGCGCUUAGAGAAUUUGUCUUUUUAAAAAAUAGAGAAAUUUCAUAUCAAUUAAGACUUCAUCAGUGCAUGAUAGAACUUAGAAAGAAGACAUCUUCACUGCAAAAAGUGCAUUUUAUGCAGAAAAUGAACAGAAACUCUGACUGUUUUUCACCACUUUGGAAAUAAAACUAAAAGCACAAGAACAAAACUGUCACUCAGCAUUUGGUUAGGCAAGUGCUCUGGAAGGACAAGAGAUAGUCUCAUUGCAAAGCAGCGAAAGUAUAGAACAGGAUUUAGAAGAUGUAGAGCAUGGAAGUACGAAGGAGUGUCAAAGGGAACUAAGCAAUGCUGAAGCGGAGACCUUGAACCUCAGAA